AUGUCCGAUGACACAAAGAAAGAAGUCGCAGAAAAAGUCAAAUUGCUGAAAUGGCUGAUAAUGCCAUUCAGCGAAACUAACUUCAUGGAACCUACAACUUUAGAGAGAGAAGUUCUCAACUAUAGUACGGCUCGCCUCACACUCGUCUGUCUCGGUAUCAAAUCGCCCUUCAUCGAAUUCAGCAAUGAAAUAGAGGUACUGGCCAACAACAGUGUGCCCCUCAAUAUAACCAAAGAUGAGCAGGCGCUCAUGCAUCAAGAAGGUCUACGCAAACUGGGCACGUUCAUUAAACCCGUUGACUUGCGUGACUCUACGACAGGCUUCGUGAAAGCCGAUUUAACCAAGAAGAUUCCCAAUGCAGCUGCUAGUACUAGCAGUAAGGUACAUUAUGGUGGUGGAGGUGGUGGUGGCAGUGGUAAUCCCGGUGGUGGUAUUAUCAUGGCACAGCGUCGUCGCCAUCCCAUACAAGAGGAGAUGGAUCAAAAGCAAAUUAUUUUACUUGAUGAGGACACCGAUGAAAAUGGUCUGCCCACAAGUCUAACAGAUGAAGAUCGGAAAUUUAUUGUACCCAUGGCAUUAAAGAAUGCAUCACCGGAUCCACGCACCCUUAUGGCCACGCAACGACUCAUAGCGACAACGCGCGCCACAACAACGACGUCGACUACAACGAAGCGGCCCACUACUCCGGCCACUCCGGAGUUCGCAUCGAAUAUUAAUGACCUCAAGAAGCAUAUUUUGUAUUUGCAAAAUCGCACCAAGCACGAUAGUAAUUUUCAAUCCAAAUUUGUAGUGUUUCCGAGUCUGCAGAAGGAACGACAAAAGCAGGGCCCAACAACAGUAACAACAACAACUACUGCGCGUCCCUUCCGAUCAAUUUUCCAAUAUUCGGCACCUGCCACACCGCCUACACGCAAAUCGGCUUUCCCAAGCGGCGUGAAAUUGCCAGGUGGUCAACCUUUUGGCGGCUACUAUCGUAAUGAUGAUGAAGACGAUGGUGGAAUGUCUGUGUUUCUGUCUCAAGCUGGCAUAAAUGCGCGCGAUAAGAUUACCAUUGUGCCACAAGUGUUGCUGCUCAACGAUCAAACCAUCAAAAACGAUACGAACGGUGGUGAGGUGAGACAACGCAAUUUCGAUAAAUCACCUGCUGGCAUGCCACAGACAGUUGCCGUUACUACACCGACCACACCGCCAGAGACCACUACACCCAUGACCAGCACUACACCCAGACGCCCAACCAAGAAACCACUGUGCAUACGCAAUCCCGAUUCAUUGAAAUGCAUACGCCAACGCAAGCGUGAGGAACAACAACGUCAACGUCACCGCGAACAGUUGUUGCGCGAGCAACGUGAAUAUAUGCGGCCACACUAUGAACCCUACGUGCAGACAUUGAAUAACACAAAACGUUUCGCGGUUUCGAUCGAAAUACCUGAUUCUUUCAAGAUACCGCACAACGAGAGUACAGACGCCACUACGACAAUAUCAAUACGAGCUGACGAAGGUGAGCUCCAGGUGCUUUCACGUUCUAAACGCUCGCAUCAUAAGCGUCGUAACAUUGGGGGCGGUCUACAAGGACGUCGCGCAGGAAAUAAUGAUAAGUUUGCCGCCAAAUAUGGACCGAGUUAUUUUGAACGCGAUGCGAUUAUAACCGGUGGGCGCGAUUUUGUCGUCUCGAAUUCAGACCAAUAUGGCGGCAUGUCGUCGGCGAACAGUAACACAACCAGUCCGACGGUGCCGGCGUAUUCAGAGCCAAUUGAUUUAAAUCCAGAUAACUGUUAUCACGUGGAUGGCAUGACGUAUGGACAGAAGAAACAGUGCGUCUUGCAUACGAGUGUUAUGCCGGCAAUAAGUCGUGGAGCGAGAGCGGCUAUACAGGAAUGUCAAUUCCAAUUCAAAAAUCGCCGCUGGAAUUGCAGCACGACGGAGGAUAACACCGUGUUUGGACCUAUGACGGGACUGGGUUCACCGGAAAUGGCUUUCAUUCAUGCACUCGCAGCUGCUAUGGUGACCAGCUUUAUAGCGCGUGCCUGUCGUGAUGGCCAGCUGGCGUCGUGUGGCUGUUCGCGCGGUUCACGACCCAAGCAGCUGCACGACGAUUGGACGUGGGGUGGGUGUGGCGAUAAUUUGGAAUAUGCCUACAAAUUCGCCACCGACUUUAUUGAUGUACGCGAAAAGGAAACUCGUCGCGGCACUCGCGGUGCUGGCAAUCCGGAGCGCAAACGUGGCGGUGGACGCUUUCAUCAGCGUCGCAAUCAGCAAAUGCAGGCAAUGCAAGCAGAUGAUGCUGCAGCGGCGAUAUUGGCAACAACAGGGAGAACUACAUCUUCAAUAAUAACAACAACUGCGCCUAUGCCAGCUCUAACGACAAACAUCACCGAGUCAACAGCAAGCCGAAGCGCUGCAGCGGUAACAACAACAACAAAAGCAGCAACACAUUCCGAAACGGUUGCAGGCGCAGCUGGUGCGACAAUAAAUGAACACAUCAACAGCGACAAGGAGAACAUGCAGCAACAGUUCCAGCAACAACAACAUCUAAAUUCCAAUAAAAAUGUCAGUGUUGACGGCUAUCAAAGCUACAACAACAAAAAUAACAAUGCCCAGGCAGGCAAUAACACCAGCAAGUCAACAACAACGUUGACAAGUUCUAAGGAUAUUGCCACACAAACAACAAAAACCCCAACAGCACCAACACAAAAAUCAGCAUCAGGCAGAAGCAGCAGUAGCAACAAUAGACAAGAAUCAAACCGCGAUGGCAACGGUAGUGUGGACUCCUCGGAAGAAGACGCGGCUGGACGUAUCAAACCGGAAGAUUUAUUGGAGUUGCAGGAGCGCAUCGCAAAGGAAAUACUCAAUUCGAAAUUGCAAGGCAAAGAAAUGUUGGAAUUACAGGAGAAAAUCAAUCGUGAAAUUCUAAACACAAAGGUGUUCAAUGUGGAUGCCGGCGGCGGCGGCAGACGUAAGCGAAAACGUAAAAAUCAGCGCGCUGUCAAUGGAAUGGCAAACGAUCAGCAGGCAGAUGCUACAGUCAAUGGCGCUGGAGGCGAUGGUGCGGAGGGUGGCGGUGCUGCUGGUGGCAAAGGCAAGAACAGUAUCAUGGCCAAGGCACGAAGCUUAAUGAAUUUACACAAUAAUGAAGCUGGCAGAAGGGCUGUCAUCAAGAAAACGCGAAUCACUUGCAAAUGUCACGGCGUCUCCGGUUCAUGCAGUUUAAUCACCUGUUGGCAACAGCUCUCUUCCAUCAGAGAAAUCGGUGAUUAUUUGCGCGAAAAAUACGAAGAAUCCACAGAGGUGAAACUCAACAAGCGUGGACGACUACAGGUUAAGGAUCCGCAAUUCAAGGUUCCAACGGCGCAUGAUUUGGUUUAUCUGGACGAGAGCCCCGAUUGGUGUCGCAAUAGCCGACAGCUACAGUGGCCAGGCACUCAUGGCCGCAUUUGCAAUAAAACAUCCGCCGGUUUGGAUGGUUGCGGCAUUUUAUGUUGCGGUCGAGGCUACAACACCAAAAACAUUGUGGUACGAGAACGGUGCAAUUGUAAAUUCCACUGGUGCUGCCAAGUCAAAUGUGAUGUUUGUGUGAAGGUGCUGGAGGAACACACCUGUAAAUAAGUAAAUAAUUUUACAAAAACAAAAAAAAUUUUAAUAAUAUCAUAAAUAAUAAAAUGAAACUACUAAACACAUGGCGGUGACAAGAAGAAGAAAACAAACAAACAACAAAAAAUAAAACAAACACAAAUGAAAAUCUAUUGAAACAGUUGCUGUGCUAAUCUCCCUCUCCAACAAUCCUUUCGUUUAGCUGCGCAUCACAAAGUUUCAUGUUAAUCCACGUACUCACAUAUAUAUAUGUAAAGUUAAGUAUGUAUGUAGAUGUAUGUGAAGUAUGUAACAAACGAAAUGUUGAACGAAUAACUGUAAUUAAUAGUGCAGUACGCAAGAGGAAUUAUUAUAUAAGUACAAGAAAAAUUUGAUGUUAAAAAAAAAAGAAAUUACAGUUGAGGAUAAAAGUUUAAAUGCACACUAAAAAAUUACUUUUAAAAUGAAUAAGCAAAUUAUCGGGAGAGAGGUGCUUUUAGAGCCGAAUAUGCUGAAUUGGCAAUAAAAUAUUUUUCCAACAUGAAAUUGGCGUUACUUAGCAAAUAAUUGCAAGGCAUCAAUGUUUCAAUAAUGGCGUAAUCUUCCUUAAUGUCUAAUUUUCCAAGGUCACGCUUCGCAGUAAGUCAGUCUCUAUUUUCAUUGUAUAUAUACAUACAGGGUCCGACACUCGAAGUGUAACCAAUUGAAAAGGUCAUAAAUUUAGUUUGGAAAACUACUUUUAUUCAAUUCAAAGUAAAAAAUGUGAGAAAAUAAUACAAAAUAAAGAAUCAAUUUACUUUUGCUCGAUAUGACCACCUUUUGCCUUAACUAUUAAUCGCAAGCUGCCCGAUUGUGAUUUGCAGGUAUUUUGGUCCACUCGCGGGCAAUGCCUUUUUUCAGCUCUUCGAGACUGGUGAAUCUUUUAGUUCGGACCUUGCUCUCCA